UUUAUGAAAAAGGCACCAGUAAAAUUAAAGAACAAUUUUUGAAAAGCGAGGUAUGAUUAAGUCAACCCAGAAUGGAACAUGUACUAAUUAACAGACAUUUGUCAUAAAGCAUAUGAGUUUGGUAAAUCAUUAUCUCUUUCUAUCACUGUGCUUCCAUUUCCCUAAUCUAUUUUUAAGAAGAAGGUAAUGAUGUGGUUUGAGACCUCUGAUAAAGUGGUUGGUGUAAGAAUCCAGCUUCCAUUUACAUGAAAUCCAGUAAAAAUUUGUGGCAUUUUUCCAGACCUACCGACUUUAUAUUGUCAGUAACUGUAAUUUAGAUCACAGAGGGCUGAUCUAUUAAAUGCUCUUAAAAGUGAUAUUAAAAACUAUGUGAAGAACAUGGUCUGGAGUCUCAGAUGAAUGAAGACUGAGAACAAACCUGUGUAUAUUUUCUUUUCUGUACGAGAUGAGAAAUGAUUGUCAAUGAGCUUCUUUCAAGGCAAGUCUUUGCAAUAUUUCCAACACAGUACACAUGCACAGAGGACAACUCAAGUUUCAAAUAAAGCAGUCACCAGCCUACACAUAACUAUACAGGAUUUUGAUUGCUCACAAAUCCAAGAACACACCUGCCUUUUAAAUCCACACUACUGAAUUCUACUUGCUGAAAAUAAGCUGUGCACUGUGUACAAAGGCUCAAGUGCACUGCCUUUCUUGCAACACAACUAAUAUAUUUUAAUGUUUGCUUUAGACAACACCGAUUUCAGAAUGGAUUCCAUCAGUGUAACAAGUACAAAAUUUUGUUUUGAUGUUUUCAACGAGAUGAAAGUCCAUCAUGUCAAUGAGAACAUCUUGUAUUCCCCUCUGGGCAUGAUGAUAGCCCUGGCCAUGGUCUAUCUGGGGGCAAGAGGUAACACUGAAUCUCAGAUGAAGAAGGCUCUUCAUUUUGAUAGCAUUACAGGAGCUGGAAGCACCACUGACUCUCAGUGUGGCUCUUCUGAAUACAUCCACAAUUUGUUCAAGGACUUUCUCUCAGAAAUCACCAGGCCAAAUGCUACAUACUCACUCGAGAUUGCUCACAAACUCUACGUCGACAAAACAUUUGCAGUUCUUCCGGAAUACUUAAAGUGUGCAAAGAGGUUCUAUACAGGAGGAGUGGAAGAAGUUAACUUCAAAACAGCUGCUGAAGAAGCAAGGCAGCUCAUAAACUCCUGGGUGGAAAAAGAGACAAAUGGACAGAUCAAAGAUUUGCUUGUAUCAAGCUCCAUUGAUUUUGGUACAAUGAUGGUCUUUCUUAACGCCAUUUACUUCAAAGGGAUAUGGAAGACAGCUUUUAAUACAGAAGACACUCAGGAAAUGCCCUUCAGAAUGACAAAGCAAGAAAGCAAACCUGUGCAAAUGAUGUGUCUGAACGACACCUUUAAUGUGGCCACGCUGCCUGCAGAGAAAAUGAAGAUCCUGGAGCUCCCCUACGCCAGCGGAGAGCUGAGCAUGUUGGUGCUGCUGCCUGAUGAGGUUUCUGGCCUGGAGCGGAUUGAGAAGACAAUUAACUUUGAAAAACUCAGAGAGUGGACUAGUACCAAUGCAAUGGAAAAGAAAAGCAUGAAAGUGUACCUGCCCCGCAUGAAGAUUGAGGAAAAAUAUAACCUCACAUCUAUAUUAAUGGCCUUGGGAAUGACUGACCUGUUCAGACGUUCAGCCAAUCUGACUGGCAUCUCUUCAGUAGAUAACCUGAUGAUAUCUGAUGCUGUCCAUGGGACAUUCAUGGAAGUCAAUGAAGAGGGCACUGAGGCGGCAGGUUCAAUGGGGGCAAUUGGAAACAUCAAGCAUUCCUUUGAGUUAGAAGAGUUUAGGGCUGACCACCCAUUCCUCUUCUUGAUCAGAUUCAAUCCAACCAAAGUUAUUUUGCUCUUUGGUAGAUGUUGGUCCCCCUAAAGAGAGAAAGAGCUGAAAUAAUGCUUACCUUCCCCUCAGAAAUCAAACCUCUUUACUGUAGUAUUGUAGCAUAAUCUCAAUGCAAUAUUUUAUCCAAGUGGAAAACCUUCAAUAUCUAAGGAGAUAUUCUUGAAGAAGCAUGUGAAAUUUCAGAUCUUUAUGUGCAGGAAUUUAUUCUCAGCUUACAUUCAGGAUUCAUAUCCAAGGUGUAAAUGUUCCCAGUGCGCUUGAAUAACUUGGGAAAUGGCCAGUGCUUUGUUUUUUUUGUGUGUGUGUGUGAAAUCCUGCCAUUGCUAUUGAGAAUCUGGUUUCUCUAUUAGAGUUCUCUGAAAUAAACACAGCUUUCAGGAAAAUCCUGGUCCUUUCCAUUGAAUUGGCUGGGCAAUCAUCCUUGGCAAUCAUCCUUGUCAUGCCUGGACAAUUUGCAGAUGAAAUUUUUAACUUCAACAGACCAUUUGUCUUCCAGUGAUCCAUUUGGACUUAUUUGUGCUGCAAAUACUUCAAGGCUGCGUAACUUUUUUUUCUGAGGCAGCAUACAGAAAGUCUACCAUUUCUUCUUAAAUCAUCUCCAAACGAAACAUCUUCCUGAUUGAUAUUAUUUUCCAUUUUCAUCCCAGUGAUAUAUUAAUGAUUUUGUGAAUGUUAAUUAAUGGUCUUUCUA